CAUCAUCAUUCAUCCAUGGUUGAUACGAUGAAUUGAACUGAGAAAUAGUGCUUCAGUAGGGUUCCAUUUUCCACCACACGAUGAGUUUGUCCCUUAUUCAAGGCUAUUCUUCCGCCGAAGACCAAGACCAAGACCAACCUCAACCCCACAAUUCCGACGCCGAAGAUUCCGCCGAUGAAGCCGCCGCCGCCACAGCCACCGCGGCCCACCCUUCUCUGGGCGACAGAUCCAUCUUCGACCACCACCCCAACCCUCCUUCUGCGUCGGGUCUUCCUUCUGCAUUCGACGCUUUCUCCGAAAUUUCAGGACCGCCCCAAUUUCUGAACAAUAGCGUGGAAGAGUACAGCAACGACCCUUCGAGAGACGCUGAUGAGCAACAAGGGAGGCAUGCCAAUAGGAGGCGCCGCAAGGACAAGGACAAGAGAGAUUUACCCACAGGUGUGGUGGUAGAGGCAAAACCUCAACUAGUUGGGAUUCAUGAGCGAGUAAGAAGUGACAUCAAUGGUAGCCAACCACCAACAUCAGCUGCCUUGGGCACAUCAGAAGGAGGCAAACGGGUGCCAACUGCAACAAAUCCUAACGCUGAAGAUGCUUCAGAGCUUUUAAGAAUGUGCUUGCAGUGUGGGAUUCCGAAGACCUACUCCAGUGCGCGUGGAAUAGUCUGCCCUGUAUGUGGUGAUCGCCCUACAAAGGAUACCAGCACAGAGUCCAAGAAGAAAGGAUCAACUAUCAAAGAUAAGGAAAAAUCUAAAAGGAUGAGGGGCCAAUCAUCCCAUGCAUCUUGGAAAAGUGAAACAGAAAUGGCGCUAAGGCAACAGUAUGAUUAGCAUUAUCUGUGUUUCCUUGUAGGUUACCGGUUACCUGGUAUAAUAUGAUGUGUUUAGGACUAUGCUGUUAAAUUGACAAACUUUCUUAACAUGCCAUCAGAAGUGCAAGUUGCAACAUAUGACUAAUUACGGUGUUAUAUUUGUAGCCGAAGUUAAAUUUUUGUUCGUUCAGAGAGAAAACUCUUGAAUCUGAACUAGACUACCAAAUGUCCCCUUUGUGUUUAUGUAUUGUAAUCAUAGAAGAAGCGUUCCUUCAUAAA